AUGCCUCCUCACGUUCCAUCUCUGCCUUCAAUGGGCAUGCUUGCCCUCAGCGCUAUGCAAUUUGCCUCGGGCGCCCUGGCUGGCCUUAAGUCUUGCCCAAGCGAUACCCCCCUCAGUUGUCACAACUCGUCAGCAGAGCCAGACUCUUGCUGCUUCAAUUCUCCGGGGGGCGCUCUCCUCCUCACUCAGUUCUGGGACACAAACCCUGCGACCGGUCCUUCUAAUUCCUGGACCCUCCAUGGACUUUGGCCCGACAAUUGCGACGGCACAUACGAACAAUUUUGCGACAAGUCGAGAGAAUACUCCAAUAUUACUGCUAUCCUCCAGGAACAAGGUCGGGACGAGCUUCUGUCCUACAUGAAAACAUACUGGCCCGACUAUAAAGGCGAUGACGAGACUUUCUGGGAGCAUGAGUGGAACAAGCACGGAACUUGCAUCAACACCAUCGAACCCAGCUGUUACACUGACUAUACCCCUCAGCAGGAGGUGGGCGACUACUUGGCCAAGGCUGUGGAGCUUUUCAAGGGUCUUGAUACUUAUAAAGCCCUCGCCGAUGCUGGAAUCACCCCCGGUUCCAAGACCUAUCAGCUGAGUGAGAUCGAGUCGGCUCUUGCUAAGAUCAAUGGAGGCCAUAAGCCAUCGGUCAGCUGCGACAAAGGGGCUCUGAACCAGGCCUGGUACUUCUUCAACGUCAAGGGUAAUUUGAUAAAUGGCAAGUAUGAGCCAGCUGAGCCACUAUCGAACUCUAACUGCCCUUCUUCGGGUAUCAAGUACCUUACCAAGCCGAAAGGCAACAACGAGACAGCUUCUGUUUUGCAGAGAAAGAGAAUGAAUCGGGUUGCUCGCUUGAUCUAA